AUGUCACUGGUCGCAGAUCCUCGUGCCUGGAGAGCUAAAAAGCAACCCUUCUGCAGAUACAGCCUCAAAGGCAUGGUUCGAUCUGGCGACGUACGCAAGAGAAGUGCUCGCAGUUCAGGACACCCGCCGCUUUGUUUUGGGCUUCACUCUCUGCGGGCGUCUUCUGAGGGUAUGGGCGUUUGA